AUGGCAGAACUACUGUUUCCCGCAUACGAAAGCCUCUCCUUUUCGGAUGCGCCCUUUAGAUACUCUUCAAAACUGGUCUUCACUGGCGAUAUCUGCGUAGAGCCGCACUGUCCAUCAUAUUUCUGGUGCUCGCAACGAGCAGAAAUUCGUUACUACGACAGGAGAAGCUCAAACCAAGAGCCUUGGGCUGAUUUAAAUUCGUAUCGCUCCGACUUAAUCGACACAGGUUUUUCGAUAUCUCCAACCAUCCUCGCGGGCUCAACAUAUUCUAGUGAAAUCUUUCACGAACACCUCCGCCUAUUAGAAGUUAACGAAACAGAUAUUGUAGAACCGAUGCUUCUGCACCCCAAUUGCCCCGUAAGGAACAUUUUCGUAUCCGAGGAUGAGACCACCUGCAUAACGCCUCCAACAUUUAUCUUUCCCAAUGAAACACCAUAUAUGGUGACUGAGCCACUGAGCGAUUUGCCUCUAUUCUAUAAUGACCUUGGCAACCCGCACGGGAAAAUACGCCUUAAGACGGGAAACGCGAGGAGAUCAUCUCGAUACAGCAAAGGUGUAGCUAGCCCUUGUCAGGUUUUGAUUGAGUUAUCUCAGCGUUGGAACGAACUAGGAUUGCCGGGUUCUUCUCCACAUCAGUCAUCACCAGAAGAAAUGACCCGGCACCCAAAACAUUGGGAAGAUUUUAAUGAUGCACAACUUAUGAGGUUGUUUCUCGCCUAA